AGCAACAAACAGUUUUGUCCGUCAUGUCGGACUAUUGUGAAAGCUCGAAAAUAGGACUCAGCCGAGGAGGGAAGGACACAUGCAGUAAAGCGAUGAGCGUGUUGUGGGCUCCGAUAGACUACAGGAGUUUAGAAGAAGAGCUUCACGCGGCUCUCGCGGCCGACGAAUUAUACAAAUUACAGAACGACGCGAAACUUCGAGCGGUUGAACAAGGUGUACCGACGUACGAGCACUUCAGACAAAUGGUCAAUGCUGCUCAUUUGAAACCCCUAGAUCGUAAUGACAUGAAACCUAAGAUCGGCGUGCAGUGGAAUCCAGUGACCGACAGCAUCGGAUAUCCAAUUGUGUCUGCAACUUCAAAGAAAUCACAACGCGUCCGGGAGGAUGAGCGAAAUAUUAAGGCGAAACCUUUGGAAGCGUGCGAGGACUUUUUGCGAUGUUGGAAAACGACCGAGGACUAUUCCGAGAGAUUUACUUACGUGUGGUAUUUGAGGCACGUUCUACAGACUCGUAUUUUUCGAGUGGAAAUACCUACAUUCUUCCUCGGUGACUUCAUGAAUACGUGUUUGCAUUAUGUAUCAAAGGUGGACGAUGUAACACAGAUUGCAGAACUUCUUAGUAUACUGAGCACAUGUGGCAGAUUCGAUCUGGCCGUAUGUUUCAUGACAAAGAACGAGCAGGCUACGUGCAAGCAACUCUUUCAACAAUUGCGACUCAAAGGAAAGUCGCAGGAUAAAUCGUUGGGAGACGCGGUCGCGUCGUUAGCCGUGAAAUACCGAAUCGAGCUCGAUUAACGUGUCAAGGAAA